AUGUUUUCAUUCCUAAAGAAACCAACACCAGAAGAGAUGGUAAAGAAAUGGAAGAGAGAACUAAGAAAAGAAGAUAGAGGAUUGGAUGCACAGAUCAGAGCGAUCGAUCUACAGGAGAAGAAGACCAUUCGAAUGGUGAAAGAGCGUGUUAAAGCCGGUGAUCAAAAGAGUGCAAAGACAUUGGCGAAAGAGAUUGCCGCUGCACGUAAAGCAAAGGAGAGAAUCUACACUGCAAAGGCACAGAUGAAUUCGGUGUCGAUGCAACUCCAACAGAAUCUAUCGAUGGCCAAGGUUGCAGGUCACCUUGCCAAGUCGACCGAAGUAAUGAAGAUGAUGAACAAUCUAAUAAAGCUACCGGAACUCAACAAAGUCAUGAUGGCAAUGGGUCAAGAGAUGAUGAAGGCCGGUAUCAUCGAGGAGAUGAUCAGCGAUGCCUUUGGAAGUCAAGACGAACUCGAAGCAGAGGCCGAACAAGAGGUCGAUAAGAUUCUCGACGAGAUUAUGAUCACCGGACCAAAGGUAUCAGAGGAAUCACUGGAAACUACAACAACUACCACCGAAGAACAACCCGUCAAAGAAGAUGAUGAAAUAUUUAACAGAUUACGUGCAUUAAAGACUGGAUAA